AGAGGGAGCGCAGACAUGAAAACGGUGCUGUGCCGAAAGUGGGCACGCGCCGUGCAGUCGUUCAGGACUCGGCGUGGCUUCAGCUUAAUUAGAUUGGAGGUCGGGUGGCCAUGGGGAGAGAUGAAUGUGAACUGGCUUCCCUUUGGUUGCUGCAUGCGCCUGCGGAGAGCCCAGAGAUGGAGGCAGCGCGGACCGGCUCGAUUCGAGGUGCGGGGGGAGACCGAGGAGCUGAGGAACAGCUUCAUCAUCCUCUUCUCACCCAGGCGUGCGUCAUGCCUGCUCAGACUGCUGGGCCCAGGAAUGGAGGAGACGAUUUGGGAGCAGUACACUGUGACUCUACAAAGGGACGCUAAGAUGGGCUUUGGAAUUGCUGUGUCUGGGGGCCGAGACAAUCCUAACGUGGAAAACGGAGAAACGUCCAUCAUUGUGUCAGACGUUCUGCAAGGAGGACCAGCCGAUGGACUGCUCUUCGAGAAUGAUCGCGUUAUAUUGGUCAACUCCAUCCCCAUGGAUAAUGUGCCUCAUUCUUUUGCUGUGCAACAACUUCGAAAAUGUGGGAAAGUGGCCAAAAUAACUGUAAAGAGGGCUCGCAAGGUGCCUGUCCUCAAGCGUCCCCCGUCCCCAAGUGUGGACAGCCGCGACUACAACAUAUCCAGCUACUACCCUGAGGACAACCGCAGCGUUCACAGUGACCCCGACUCCGAUUAUCUCCGGGGAAAUGGCGGCCUUAGCAUCCCCCGUGACCGGGAUCGUGACCGCAGCCUUGACAAGAGCCGGAAAGACUACUUGGAACCAGAUUACCGGAGUUACGACUCCCGGAGAGAGCGGAGCAGAGGCAGGAGCACGGAGAGAUCACCCAGCUCGGAUGGCGGCUACCGAAGGGACGGCAGCCGGGGUCGGACGCUGGAGCGUGGGUCCAGCCCGGAGCCUUCCUAUCAGAGGCAGCACAGCAGAGGCCGUGGGGGAGGAGGUAGCCCUGUCGGAAGUUACGGGAGGGACCAGGGAUACGACACGCGGAGGUAUGACUCUCGGCCGGAUGAGAGGAUGCUAAGAAGUCACAGCAGGGACCGGCUACAGGAUAACUCACCGUCUCCCAGCAGAGAUCGAGUCAGGGGAGGAGACCGUCAUAACCUUGAGCCACUAGAGCCGCCUGUUAAUGUAAUGCUGGUGAAAAACAGGCCCAAUGAAGAGUACGGUCUUCGAUUGGGCAGCCAGAUCUUCAUUAAGGAGAUGACCAGCACGGGAUUGGCUGCCAGAGAUGGGAAUCUUCAGGAAGGUGACAUCAUUCUUAAGAUAAACGGAACGGUCACUGAGAAUCUCUCUUUAAGCGAUGCCGGCAAGCUGAUUGAAAAAUCACGAGGCAAACUGCAACUGGUGGUCCAACGAGACCAUAGACAGGUCCUGGUGCGCAUUCCUGCUCUGGCGGACAGCGACUCUGAGCCUGAUGAUAUCUCUGAGAUGGAGUCAUAUCAUUCCUACUCACCACAAGAUGACCAACGGUCGCGUCAGUCCGACCUUUCCUCACAUUCUUCUAAUGAUGUGGCACGAGAGAACGCCAGGGAGGAACAUCAAAGCCGAUUGGUCAAGAUACCUGUGACAUCAUCUCCUUACAAAACGCCAGAUCCACCUCCAGCUCUGGAGAGAGAAGAGCCACGUGAGGAAGAGCCACCUCCAGCAUUAAAGACAACCCCCAAAAUCCUGCUCAGACCCAGCCCGGAGGAUGAAGCUGUUUACGGGCCCAACACAGUGAUGGUAAGCUUCCAGAAAGGAGAGAGUGUGGGACUGAGGCUGGCUGGAGGAAAUGAUGUUGGGAUAUUUAUAGCAGGAGUUCAGGAGGGCAGUCCAGCUGAAGAAGAAGGUCUCCGUGUGGGAGAUCAGAUCAUGAAGGUGAAUCAUGUUGACUUUCGGGGCAUCGUGCGAGAGGAGGCUGUGCUCUUCCUGCUAGAGAUCCCGCGGGGGGAUGUCGUGACCAUUCUGGCACAGAAUAAAUUGGAGGUGUACGAAGACAUCUUGGUGUCUGGUCGAGGAGACUCGUUUUUCAUCCGAACACACUUCGAGUACGAGAAGGAGCUUCCUCAGUGUCUGGCUUUCUCCCGAGGUGAGAUCUUCAAGGUGGUGGACACCCUAUACGACGGCAAACUGGGAAACUGGCUGGCUAUCCGCAUGGGCAAAGACAAACAGCUGCUGGAGAAGGGCAUUAUUCCCAACAAGAGCAGGGCGGAGCAGAUGGCUAAUGUCCAGAACUCGCAUAAUAAAAGUUCAGGAAGUGACAGGGCAGACUUCUGGAGGCUACGUGGUCAGAGGGCGGCGAAGAAGAAAGAUCUGCGGAAGAGCCGAGAGGAAAGUUCUGCAGCUGUCUCGACCCGAUUCCCUGCUUAUGAGAGGGUGGUGCUCAGGGAAGCUGGAUUCCGGAGGCCGGUGGUGUUAUUUGGACCAAUCGCAGAUGCUGCCUGUGAAAAGUUGGCCACGGAGCUUCCAGAUGAGUUUGUUAUUGCCAAAACAGAACCCAAAGACGCAGGGUCAGAAAAAUCAUCCGGGGUGGUUCGUCUAAACACUAUUCGACAGAUCAUUGAACAGGACAAACACGCCCUACUGGACGUCACCCCUAAGGCUGUGGACACCCUAAACUACACCCAGUGGUACCCCAUUGUCAUCCUGUUCAACCCGGAUAGCAAACCAGGAGUGAAGACGAUGAGACAGCGAAUUAUUCCCAGCUCGAACCGCAGUGCCCGUAAACUCUACGACCAGGCUCUGAAGCUCAGGAAAACCUGUUUGCACCUGUUUACUGCUGUUAUUGAUCUGAAUUCGGCUAAUGAUGCCUGGUAUGGCAGUUUAAAGGAGACCAUACGAGAGCAGCAGACCCAAGCUGUAUGGGUCUCAGAGGGGAAGCUGGACGGGACGGAGGCGGAUCUUGAUCUUCACGACGACCGCAUGUCGUAUCUCUCGGCGAUGAGCGCCGACUAUCUAAGCAUGGACAGCCGUCUGGCCAGCGACUACGAUGACACGGCGGACGAGGGCGGGGCUUACACCGAUAACGAACCGGACGAGCCGCUGGACCGCCAGCGGGUGUCGGCCAUUAGCCGCUCCUCUGAGCCAGUCAUGCCAGAGGAGAUCCUCAGGAAGUCCAGCCCAGAGAUUCGGGGUCGUAUCCGCAGGGCUAGCAGCAAAGAGAUGCUGAGCGAAGCCAGUCCCCCCAUAAUGUCCAGUUUCCUGCCUGACCCCGCAAGGGUAAAAAUGCUGUCUCAAGGCGAGACGCCGCGGGUGCAAUACGACCCCUGUCGAAACUACGACUCUCGUUCGAGCAGUCCCGCAAGCAGCGAUCACCCCCGCGGCCAGGACUCUCCGGCAAAAACCAAACCUCCGCCUCCUCCCACUGCACUCAAACCUAUCUUGGCAUCCCGUGGCUCCAGAGGCGUCGCGAACAGCCCACCGGUGCAGGACACCCAGCCCAUGGAGAAGAGUCCCGAUGAUCCUUCAAAGAGAUCAUUCAUGGGCAAAGUGAAGGCCUUCGAGCAGAUGGAUCACAUCGCUCGCUCACAAAGAGUUAUGGAGCUCCAAGAGGCCCAAAAUGCCCGAGUAGAAAUUGCUCAGAAACAUCCAGACAUCUAUGCUGUCCCUAUGAAAUCUCAGAAACUGGACCACAACAGGCCACAACCUAUUGGCUCCAGUGCCCGACCGGAGCCCCAAACCCCUCCUAGCAAGCUGCCAUACAUAGAGAGCCGCCCGUUCGGCCCCGGCGAAGAGCCUGCGGAGGACAUCCGACGGCAGAUGACUGAGAAGACCAAGCGUGGUUAUUAUACCAACACACAACAGUAUCAGGACACCGAGCUGUAGAGUUUCUCUGCUUCGGCUCACCGCACAGCUUCACCAUUCCACUGGGGCGCGCCCCGCACCAAAACUGCUGCUGACUUGGAAGCCUUUUUGCUUUUAAAUUUCCACGCAUAUUUUUAUUUUUCACUUCAAAGAAGUUCAACUUUCUGUCCGUGUGGAUAGGAUUUUAUUUUGCCUCACCUUUUCUUUCUUUUAUAUGCAUUAGUUGUGUUUAUUCUUUGUGAUCCAUGUUUUCUUGCCUAUGCAAACGUUUCACAAACUUGCCACGAGUUUUUCUUCGCCCCAUGAAAACCUUAAACCCGUCGUGUGCUACAGACCAGCUUUUUAACGUUCUUUUUCUAAGCCUAAUAAAGCAAAACGUCUCAGACUCUUUUAAAAAGAAAGUCACAAUUUGAGGUUUAUACUGUCUUUGCAUUCCUUCAUUUAUGAUCAUGUGAUGUAUGUGUGUGUGUGUGUAUGUGAUGUAAGACGAUACACUGGAUUUUGUUACACUGUUUUGAAGUGCCUUUUACUUCAUGAAUAAUGUUGGAGGUUUGUGGACUUGACAAUCCAUCCCUCUGGACAAUAUUUUGCUGCUUACAGCUCCAAGGAGAAACAGGGAAAAAUUGACACCAAAACCCUUAAUACACCGUGCGUCGCUCACCCGUAACCUCAGCGUAGCAACAGCAAUGAAAGAUGAACCCUGUUUCCAAAGGGACACUUCACAAAUUCGGUUGAUGUUGAUAGGUUUGAGUUUUAACUGCUGUUGUUAUAUGAUUUGUCUUAUUUCAUACCCAUGCAUCAUCACGUAUUCGUUCAAAGUGCUUCUAAAACUCGUGGAUUAUAUUUUGAUGGCUUCCACUACUUGUUUGAGAAUAUAGCCUGGACGUUCCUGUUCAGGUCCGCUGUGGAUUUUCACUCUACUACACCAAAUAAAUGAACUAUAUUGACAUUGUUAAUUUAGUUUGUG